AUGGCUCAGUCACACGCAUUCAAGACGCUGGGUUUCAUUGGUCUCGGUGCCAUGGGCAAGCCAAUGGUAGAGCAUCUUGCAACUAAGCUUCCAUUAGAGUCUCGCAUAUGGGUGUACGAUGUGGCCGAAGAAGCGGUGAAUGACGUAUGCGCCGAGUUUCCAAACAGAGUGCUGAGGGGGAAAAGCGCAAAGGAUGUUGCGCAACAAGUGGAUACCAUAGUCACAAUGGUGCCUGAAGGCGCCCACGUCCGCUCCGUAUAUCUCGACGCUGAUAACGGCGUAUGCAGUACCGAUAUCUCAAACAAACUGCUCAUCGAUUGCUCUACGAUAGACACGGCGACAAGUCUUGCAGUGAAGAACCACAUUGCGGAGAACUUUCCUUCGGCAUCUUUCUAUGAUUCUCCGGUCAGUGGAGGCGUAGUGGGCGCCAUCAAGGGCACAAUCGCGUUCUUUCUGGGGUGCGCAGAAUCGGACCCAAACUUGGAACGCCUCACAUAUCUAAUGAGACUCAUGGGCAAGCAAGUCAUAACAUGUGGUGGUCCUUCGCUUGGUCUUGCCGCGAAGCUGUCGAACAACUACCUGUCGGGAAUCAUUGCGAUAGCUUGCUCCGAAGCUUUCGAUAUGGGUAUGCGAUCUGGUUUAGAUCCUCGCACACUCGCGAAGGUGUACGCAGCAGGUACUGCACAGAACGCGAUUUGUGACAAAUUCUGUCCUGUUCCUCACGUGUAUCCUGAAGCUCCAUCGUCGGGGGGUUGGAAGCAGGGCUUCAAGGUGCAGUUGAUGCGCAAGGACUUUGGCCUGGCAGUUGACAUGGCGAAGCGUGUGGGUUCACGGAACGUACUAGGCGAGAUCGGCCUCGAGACGUAUGAUGGUGCUGCAAAUGAUCCUCGUUGUCGAGAUCUAGACUCUCGUGUAGUUUAUCGCUACCUCGGCGGAGAAGAGGACUGGCAAUCGAGGUUAAAUGGUUCUUGA